CUUUUGCAGAAAUAGGUCUGGCGGGCGUGGCUUCCUCUUUCUGGGCCCUCAUGUCUCCAUGACAUCAGUGUUAUUAGGAACCAUGAGAGAUUCAUUGUCCCCCUAGACUGCAGCACAAGGCUGGCUUGUCCACUUCAGAAAGCCAGGAAGAGUCUGCUGAUGACCGAGGAACAGCAGAACCAGUGAGAGGCCUGGCCCAACUAGAGAAGACCCCCGACCCAGCUCUAGUCAGCCCCGACCUGAGCAGCCCAAUGCUCUUCUCCAACUGACCUGCAGAUGGUGCUGCCCUGGGGGCUGCUCUCCAUCCCCCUGCUGGCUCUAUGUCAAGGAAUCAGCAUGGCACGGCCUGGAGGCACCGUCCCUCUGCAAACCCUGCAGUGUCACAACGACUACUCCAGCCGCAUCGUGUGUAGAUGGGCAGCCCCCCGGGACGCUCAGCGCCUCCUCAAUGUGACCCUCCUGCACAGCUUCAACAGCAACCCCCCAGAGCCAGUGUCCUGUGACCUCAGCGACGAUAUCCCUUGGCUGGAGGGCCAGUGUCCUGGCUGCGUGCCCAGAAGAUGCAUCAUUCCCUUUGAAUCUUUCACACUUGGCAACAGAGACUACUUCUUGUUCCGACCAGACAGGCCUCUAGGGGCCCAACUCACUGUCACGCUGACCCAGCAUGUGCAGCCCCCCACUCCCGAGGACCUGCAGGUCAGUGCUGAGGGGGCCGGAGCCCUGCUGACCUGGAGAGAGGCUCCUGGCACAGCCCAGAGCCGCUGGCUGUCAGGACAGGAGUUUGAGCUGGUCUACAGGAGGCUUCAGGACUCCUGGGAGGAUGCCCACACCAUCCACACCAACACCUCCCGGGCCACCCUGGGCCCCCAGCAGCUCCUGCCCAGCAGCACCUAUGUGGCCCGAGUGCGCAGCCACCUGGCCCCCCACUCGGGGCUCCUGGGGCGGCCCAGCCAGUGGAGCCCUGAGGUGCAGUGGAGGUCCCCACCAGGACUGUCGCCUGUAGGGGACGAGGCCCAGCCCCAGAACCUGCAGUGCCUCUUCAACGGGGUCCACAUGCUCAGCUGCUCCUGGGAAGUGAGGCCCGAGGUGGCCAGCUCCAUCUCCUUCUCCCUCUUCUACAAAUCCAGCCCCAGUGCAGGGGAGGAAGAGUGCUCCCCAGUGCUGAGGGAGGAGCUCCGAGGCCCCAACAUUCGGUUCCGAUGUCACAUCCCUGUACCAGAGCCCUGGAGCCACGGCCAGUACAGUGUCCACAUCCGGCCAAGGGAGGAAGGGAAGUUCAUUCAGAGCUCAGACAACAUCCAGCUUUCCCCCCCGACCCUGAACGUGAGCCAAGCUGGGGACGGCUACGUCCUGUCCUGGGAGGCCCAGAAGCCACGCUUUGACCACAUCGGACACACCUUCCAGGUCCAGUACAAGAAGGACUCGGCCUCCUGGCUGGAGGCCAAGACUGAGGUGGUGCCGGGCACCUACCGACUACUGCUGGCGGGACUGCCGGCCUUCACCAGGUUCCAGGCCAGGGUGAGGGUCAGGUCCACCCCCAGGAACUACAGUGGCAUCUGGAGCGAGUGGAGUGUGGAGACCAUCUGGGACACAGAGUGGGCAUUACCACCUGCACAAAAGCCCAAGACUAGGUCCCGGAGGUGGCUGCAGAGAGAGGAUGGAGGUGAUGGUGCCAGCCAGGAACCCAUUACACAACCUGCAUGGUCAGGGCAAGAGAUCCAGAGAAAGUGCCAGAUCAAUCAGAAAGUGCUGCCCACGUGGGGGCUGUCACUCAUCCUGGUCUUCGCCACCCUGGCCCUGCUCCCUGCCCUGCGCUUCUGCGGCAUGUAUGGCUACAGGAUGAACCGCAAGUGGGAGGAGAAAAUCCCCAACCCCAGCAAGAGCCAGCUGUUCCAGAAGGGGCCUGCCAGGCUCCAGCCACCAGACAGCAUGACCCUCUUUGCCAGGGGUCCCCCUCACAAGGGCAUGUGGGGCACACUCCCCACGCUGCAGGGGGUGUUCCCUGUCGACUUUGGGCACAGCGAGGUGUCACCCCUCACCACAGAGGAGCCUAAAGAUGCCCGGAACUCACCCCCUCAGCUUGGCUGCAGUCCCUCCUCUCAACCCCCCUCAGACCUGCCCACCCAGUCCCAGCCUGACUCAGGGGCCUCCUCAAACCAGUCGUCUGGCUUCCACUUCAAUGGCCCCUACCUGGGCUCCCCCCCUAGCGGCUCCCUGCCUGACAUCACAGGCCAGCAGGCUCCUCCACAGGCUGGCAGCAGCCCCCAGGCACAGCCCCCAGAAGCUCUGCAGUACCUGUGUCUGCCCCCAGGGGGGCAGGUACAGCUGGUGCCCCUAGCCCAGGUGAUGGCUCAGGCCCCCAGACCCCAGGACCAGGACAGCAGCCUCUGUCAGGGGGCCAAGGAAAAACCCUCCCCACUGUCAGGAGCUGACCCUGGCCCUCCUGCCCCUGGGUCUGGCCUGGAUGGUCAGGGUCCAGAGGACAGUCCCAGCACAGAGGCCACUAGCUCUGAGGACCCUGAGGACUGUGUGGUGGCCUCUAGCUAUGUCAGCCCUAAAGAUCUGGCCCUGUCCCCACCCUCAGGGGUCUGCUCUGUCCCCACACCCCACCCUCUGAGCCUCCCUUCUGCCCAGAGCCCCAGUCUCUGUCCAGGCCUGGCCAGCAGGCUCCCUGCUGUGCUGGGCCCCAUGAAGCCAGAGUUUGAGGAUUAUGUGGGGCUUCCUCAGCCCUCAGACCUCUCCCCCAGCUCUCUGGCCAGCCCUGCCCCUCCUGUGGCCAGUAGUCCUCUACUGAAUCCACGGGAACCCCGAGCAGAGGUGACUCUGGUCUCCCCACAGCCAGAGGGCCUCCUGGUCCUUCAGCAGGUGGGAGGCUAUUUUCUCCCUUCGGUCUUGGACUUUCCCUGUCACCUUCCAGGCCAGGACUCCUCUCCUGCUGGCCGUCUCUGACUGAGCUGCUGCCGGUGGUGCUGGCAGUCUGAAAUGUCAAGAAGCAUGUUUAGCUGCUCUCAACCAUGAAGCCACGGUAGGAUUUGCAGCCUAGCAGCGACAAGUAGCCUGGACAAGUGGACACUUUCUCUGCCUCAGCCGGUCCCUGCACCAGCCUCCAGGGCCAUCCUCAGUUCUUCCCAGAAUUUCUGCAUUAUGCAUUAUCUAUGGACACCAGUUUGAGAGAGAGGCCUGAUUCUCAAACUCACUCAAGUCCCGGAACCCACUACAGAGUUUGCUACUUUUUUGUUUGUACAGUGUUAUUGAUUUGAUAAUUUGGGGUUUGAGAUUUUAUAUUUCUAAGGCAUUCCCAGGAGAUGCCGGUGGUAUUUCUUUCUUCCCUGAUUUGAUUCUGGCUGUUUUUAUGUCUGCUGAGUUUUAGGAUGUGUUUAUCACUAUUCCCCACCCACAUGCACAGUAGGCAGGAAAUGCUCACAGUUAAGGUGACUAUCAGAAGGAUUUUUCUUCUUUAUUAUUGUGUAAUGCUGUUUUUUUUCCUUUUAUGUUAUUGUGAGUAUAAUGUCACUCACAAAAUUCCAAUGCUUUGAACUGUCUUUAAAGUUUUCUUUGUGGUUAAGCAGGUUACCCUUGAGUGAAUGAAAGGGGAGUUGGGUGGUAGCACAGCGGGUUAAGUGCAUGUGGUGCCAAGCACAAGGACCAGUACAAGGAUCCUGGUUUGAGCCCCCGGCUCCCCACCUGCAGGGGAGUCGCUUCACAAGCAGUGAAGCAUGUCCGCAGGUGUCUUUCUCUCCCCCUCUCUGUCUUCCCCUCCUCUCUCUAUUUCUGUCUGUCCUGUCUAACAAUGAAGACAUCGAUAACAACAAAAUAACUACAACAAUAAAAAACCACAAGGGCAACAAAAGGGAAAAUAAAUAAAUAAAUACUUUACAAAAAGAAUGAAUGAAAGAAAAAAGUUUAUCUUUACUUAUACAUUCUAUGCAUGUUAUGUUACAUGACAUUAUUUGAUGUCACACACGAGUAUAUGUUCUCCUUCACCAUCCUGGGGCAUGAUGGGGAAAGGACUAGGUGGGGGACGACAGUGUUUUGCAGAUACCUAUCGUGGUAAAAUGAGAAUUCUUACCCAUGUGUCAAUAACUGUCCUGGAAACCAUUAACUCCCCAAUAAAAGAAAAAACUGCCA